AAAGGCGUGCAUAUAUGGGCGGCAUGAUGAUGAUUAGGGUUAGGGCAUUGUUAACUCCUCGGCUUCGUCGUCGUCGUCUUCUUCCGCUCCUUCGCCGCUCGGUGUCUUAGGAGGAGAAAAUGGCAGAGUCCAAGGCUGUGACCAUCCGAACCAGGAAGUUUAUGACCAAUCGGCUCCUCUCCCGGAAGCAAUUCGUAAUCGAUGUUCUUCAUCCCGGGAGAGCAAAUGUUUCCAAGGCGGAGUUGAAGGAGAAGUUGGCGAAGCUGUAUGAAGUGAGGGAUCCCGAUACUAUCUUCGUGUUCAAGUUCCGGACGCACUUUGGAGGGGGGAAGUCGACAGGCUUCGGCUUGAUCUACGAUACCGUAGAGAACGCCAAGAAGUAUGAGCCCAAGUAUCGGCUUAUUAGGAAUGGACUUGCAACAAAGGUAGAAAAAUCGAGGAAGCAGAUGAAGGAAAGGAAGAACAGGGCAAAGAAAGUCCGCGGUGUUAAGAAGACGAAGGCUGGUGACGCUGCCAAGGCUGGGAAGAAGAAAUGAGCCAAUAAGCAAGUUUUGCUACCUCUAUUGUUCACCUACUAUUUUAGCAUUGGUGUGGCCAACGAACAUCACAAGCUAUGGUAUAUAUUAGAUGUUCACAUUUAUUUAAAUCUAUAAUUUAUGAGUGCUCUAGAAGAACAAUUUUUAUUUGGUUCUGAAACAUUAACACUUUCCAUCUAUUUUUGGUUCUUCGUCAAACAUGAAAUAUUAUCCCAAGUAAUUAGUUCCGAAACUUGGCAUGA